CACACACAUGGAGGGUUGACUUUGUGCAUCUUGUCCCAUCUACAUGUUCUAGAAAUAAUUUUCAACACUCGCCCAUUUCCUCUCUGUCCCUCCCUCCAUUCCUUCACCUAUUUUAAAUUCCCGCAAACCAUGUCUCCAUUAAAUAUAUUUUUACACCAUUAAGUUCACACCAAUUUUUGUAUAGUCAACAGAUAAGCUUAUUAAAGGGGAUCGAAUUCGUCAAUUGAAGUUUGGAAGGAGUUAACUAGAAGGUGAAAUUGCCCAGUUGGAUCGAAUAAACUGAUUACACAGGUAUCAAAAUAUUGGAUCGGGUUGGGCAUUAGAUGGCGCUGCGGAAGCCAUCGGAUCGACUCCUUGAGAUCUCCGACAGGGUUUACGUUUUCGAUUGUUGCUUAUCAACUAGAGUACUUGAAGAAGAUGAGUACAAGGUCUACAUGGGUGGCAUUGUGGCUGAACUUCAAGACUGCUACCACGAUUCAUCUUUCAUGGUUUUUAACUUUAAAGAAGGUGACACAAGGACCCCAUUAUCAGAUUUAUUAUCGCAGCAAUACGAUAUGACAGUAAUUGAAUACCCUCAACAAUAUGAAGGGUGCCCGUUGUUGCCAUUAGAAACGAUACAUCGCUUUUUGAGAUCUAGUGAAACCUGGCUUAAUUUAAAGGGUCAACAAAAUGUGCUUCUAAUGCACUGUGAAAGGGGUGGUUGGCCCGCACUUGCAUUUAUGCUUGCAGCCCUUCUUGUGUUUAGAAAACAGUAUGAUACUGAACGAAAGACUCUUGAAAUGGUGUAUAAACUUCAUCGUUUAACACCUUUAAAUCCACAGCCUUCUCAACUAAGGUAUCUUCGGUACAUAUCCAGGAGAAGUUUAGGCUAUGAUUGGCUGCCCUCAGACACACCAUUAGCUUUGGAUCAUAUCAUGCUUAAAUUCCUUCCUUUGUUUGGUGAAAAGGGUUGUAGACCUGUAAUUCAAAUUUAUGGUCAGGAUCCGUCUUCAACAAAUAGGGGCUCUAAGCUAUUGUUUACAUCCUUCAAAACCAAAAAGCAAGCCCGCUACUAUCAACCAGAAGAAUGUGAAUUGGUGAAAAUUGAUAUUCAUCACCGUGUUCAAGGAGAUGUGGUUCUUGAAUGCGUACAUGUGGAUCAUGUUAGGGAGGAUAUUAUAUUUAGAGUAAUGUUUCACACAGCAUUUGUGCGAAGUGGCGUACUCGAUUUGAGUUGUGAUGAAGUUGAUGUUAUGUGGGAUGCAAGAGACCAGAUGCAAAAGAACUUUAAAGCAAAGGUAUAUUUUUUGGAUGCUGAUGCUCUACCAUCUAUGAUCACCACAGAAGGAGAAUUUGACGACAAGAAUGGGACCGAAAGUCCUACACAUGAAGAGUUUUUUGAGGUCGAAGAGAUUUUUAGUAACGCGGUUGAUGAGCAAAAAAUUAAGGUGGAUGCUGAGAAUGGUGAUAUAGUCUUGAAGGAAGGACUCGUACCAGAAUCAGAAGUUGAUGCAUGUGAAGACUAUGAAUUAGAUGAUGGGAACAAAAAACCUGAAAACAGGAUUUACCAAAAUAAGUUGGGACAUGUCAAUGUUACCCCGUCUCCACCUCCACCUCCACCCCCUUCACGAAGUGCUCUAGUUUCACCUCCACCUCUGCCUCCACUUCCAACGCCUGGAUCCUCCGCUCUACCUCCAAUGAGUGGAGGGCCACCUCCGACACAUGGACCCCCACCACCACCUCCGCCACCUCCGCCACCUCCAAUGAGCAGAGGGCAACCUCCACCUCCGCCACCUCUAAUUCGCGGAGCACCUCCACUUCCAUCACUACAAGGUGGUAGUCCACCGCCACAACCUCCACCGCCACCGCCACCACCUCCACCGCCUCCACCUGGUGCUCGUGCACCUGGACCUCCAAGCAGCGGUCCUAUCCCCCCUAGAGGUCCAGGACUCGCGGGUCCAUCUGGAACGGCUACAGCAGCACGGAGAUCUAAUCUAAAGCCACUGAAUUGGAGCAAGGUUACCAGUGCCUUGCAAGGAAGCUUGUGGGAAGAAUUGCAAAGACAUGGAGAGCCCCAAAUGGCACCAUAUUUCGAUGUGUCAGAACUUGAGACACUAAAGAAAGCUACUUCUAAAGGAGGGAGGCGCGAAUCUACUGGUUCAAAACCUGAGAAAGUUCACUUGCCAUCUGGAACAGCUACAUCAACACAGCUACUUAGUUCGCUCCCCUCACCUCCAGGACACCCGCCGUUCUUGAAGGAGUUUGAAUAUCUUAAAAUUCAACUAGAAGAUAUAAAAUCAGCCACUAACAACUUUGAUGAAAACAAAGUUAUUGGCGCUGGUGGAUUUGGAAAGGUUUAUCUAGGAGAAUUUUCUCACUCUAAGGGGAAAAUAAUGGGUGCUUUUAAGCAUCUAGAUCGUAGGCAUGGGCAAGGGGACCCUGAGUUCUUGAAGGAGAUUGUGAUGCUUUCUGAAUACAAGCAUGAAAAUCUCAUCUCUCUAUUGGGAUUUUGUGACGAGGGUAGUGAAAAGAUACUUGUGUAUGAGUAUGCAUCUAACAGAAGCCUUGAUCGUCAUUUGAAUUCUAAUCUUCUUACGUGGAGGCAACGUAUUAAGAUAUGCCUUGAUGCUGCAAGAGGACUAAGCUUCCUUCAUGGUGACAAGGGCACAAUGAAAAGAGUUAUUCACCGUGAUAUAAAAAGUGCCAACAUUCUCUUGGAUGACAAAUGGAAUGCUAAAGUUUCGGACAUGGGACUGUCUAAAGCAGCACCUGCUAAUCAGCCGCACUCAUUUCUCAUCACCCAACUCGCAGGUACUCCUGGGUACUGUGACCCACAAUAUAUGAAUUCAUUCACCCUAUCAAAAGAAUCAGACGUAUACUCUUUUGGCGUUGUCUUAUUUGAAGUCUUAUGUGGAAGAUUAUGCUAUAAUUAUAGCAACAGCAUGUUAAAACUUUGGGUAAAUACAUGGAAAAAAGCCUACAGAGAUAACAAGUUAUAUGAGAUUGUCUUUCAAGGUCUGAUGCAACCAAUGGACUCUACUUCUUUGAAAACAUUUUCAAGCAUUGCAUUUCAGUGUUUGCAUGUAUAUAGUGAAGAACGGCCAACGAUGGCACAUGUUGUAAAAAAACUGGAGACUGCGCUCACAUUUGAACUUCAGAAGCCGCUAAAUAAGUGUGAAGAUGUACUUGAGGAUACUUCUAUGAAAUGUAGAUCUAUUGAGAGCCAGGUUACCAGUGGUGUCUUGCAAUUGCAAAGAAGCUUGUGGGAAGAAUUGCAAAGAUCUGAAGAGCCCCAAAGUGCACUAUAUUUCGAUGCUGCAGAACUUGAAAUAUUAUUUCCUGGUAUAUUCCCAAAGAAAGAUGCUUCUAAAGGAGGGCGGCGCAAGUCUACUGGCUCAAAAUAUGAGAGGGUCCACUUGAUCGAUUUGAGGAGGGUUAAUGCCACAGAAAUCAUGCUCAAGAGGGUUACGAUGCCUCUUCCCGACAUGAUGGCUUCAGCUUUAGCUAUGGAUGAAUCAAUCUUAGAUGCCGAUCAAAUAAAGAAUCUUAUCAAGUUUUGUCCUACUAAAGAAGAGAUGGAUCUUCUCAAGAAUUAUACAGGCGACAAGAAGAUGCUUGGCCAAUGUGAACAGUUCUUCCUGGAGCUCAUGAAGGUGCCACGUGUGGAAUCAAAGUUAUGUGUUUUUUUGUUCAAAAUUCAAUUCAACACCCAGCUUUCAGAGUUUAAGAACAGUUUGAACACCGUAAACAAUGCAUGUGAUGAGGUGCAAAAGUCGAUUAAACUGAAGGAAAUCCUGAGGAGAAUAUUAUAUUUGGAGAACACAUUAAAUCAAGGAACUAAUAGAGGUUUGGCUGUUGGUUUUAAGCUAGACAAUCUUUUGAAACUCACUUAUACACGGUCUUCUGACAGUAAGAUGACUUUAAUGCAUUAUCUCUGCAAGGUUCUUGCCUCUAAGUCACCAGCCCUUUUAGAUUUUUAUGUGGAUCUUGUUAGUCUCAAGUCUGCAACUAAGAUACAGCUGAAGUCUUUAGCAGAAAAAAUGCAAGCAAUCACUAAGGGACUGAAUAAGGCUAAACAAGAACUAGUUGCAUCUGCAAAUGAUGGCCCUGUAUCUGAAGUUUUCCUUAAGACAUUAAACGAGUUCGUUUGCUUUGCUGAGCCAGAAGUUGCAUCUGUAAACAAUUUGUAUGAUUUGGUGGGUAGAAAUGGUUAUGCAUUAGUUCGAUAUGUUGGUGAAGACCGUUGCCCUUUUGAACAAGUUACUCAGACACUUUAUAACUUUGUGAGGCACUUUCGAAAGGCUCAUAAAGAGAACUACAAACAGGCUGAAUUAGAGAAAAAGGAAGCUCAAACAGAGGUUGAAAUGGAGUAGAUGAUAAGAUUGGAGGAAGAACACAAGGCUUCUCAAGAACCUCGAGCUAAACCCGAAUAGACUGAUGCAUGGAUUUCGUGUAAUCAGAGUGGAGGCAGGGUUGGAAGCUGGUUCAUUGUUGUGUAUUUGUAAUUCACUAAUUUGAUGAUGUUUUGGUUAAGUAUCCCUUUUGAAGUUGUUUUUGUUGCUUUGAUGCUGAUGAUAAUAAGCUGUUUUUAAAUGAUUUAUUGCUGCGGAGAACCUUGCUAUGAAAA